UCAUACAUUUCGCCUUCUAUUGGUCGCAUGGUAAAAUUUCGUGAAGUAGAGUACCAAAUUUGUGAUAAAAUAGUAACAGAAACGCAUCGUGCUGUUGGGGCUCGCGGUGAUAACCAUUAUCGGUGCUGUUGACAGACCAUAGUGUUGGCUGUAUUCCGGCUGGGUGUGUUACAGUGGCUACAGCGGCCAAAAACCCACGGCAGCGGAUACCCGAGCGUUCUCGGACAGGGGGAAGGAUUUUUAGAAGGAAAAGCGAGCCGUGUCACACACAGGCACAACGCAGAGGCCGGGGUAACAGGAAGAGAAGUGUGUGUUGUGGUGGUCGGGAACGGUGGCGGAGCACUUUUGUUCACCCCUUCGCUCCUUCUUUUACCACCUGAUAUUCUAACAUUAGACAAUCACAGAGAAUUGUCCGAUUAGUGCGUGUACGGUGUGUGUGUGUGUAACGGGGGGUUGCGGGAAAAGUGAUUUCGCGAACUCUGGUGUAAAAGGAAGCAGGAGGAGAAGCAGAAGAAGACGGAGGAGCCCCAGCGAGAUAUCGAUUGCCAUUUCGGACGGAGGAAAUUCGUCUACUACAGGGUGGUGCGCCGGUUGGCGGAAGGUUAAGAGUGCGCCUGCAACUGAUCGCGACCGAAGAAGCUAAACCGGGUGGUAGCAGCAACACCCAGUCCCGAAAGGACUUGUGUAGUAAACGCCGUGUGAAGGAGACGCACGACCCUGAAAGUUUGUGCCACGCGUGAGCAUAUAGCAGGUAGUGUCCCUUCGAAAAAUCGACCACCACAACUACUACCAAGGCGACGAGGCACAUUCGUCGGCUGAUCAUAGCAAAACCACCGCUCGGAUCGGUGCGCAUAAGCACGCACACACGCAGCGCCACCUGUGUCGUGCGUCGUGCGGUAGUAAGCGGGUGUUAUCGUCCACGAAGCGCCUCUUAGUGUGCCGUCGCACCCGAAAGGAGAUGGUGCUGCUGUUUCUCCUUUGACGCCGUGGUCACGGGUUGUGUGCGUAAACGUAGUCGCAAAACUUACGCACUGUCCGGGAGAGAGCUCCCUUGUUAUACGUGUGGAUCGAGAUUAAACAACACUGUUUAUACUGCCAUACCCAACCAACGACUACCCAUCAUCCCACCACCACCACCGCAACAAACACACGGACACAAGCAGCAACAGCAGUAGUCGAACCCAAAAACCCUUCAUCGACCUUGCAUUGUCGACCCAGUGCGACGAUCGUUCGGAAUUAGUUGCGCAGUGUGUGUUUGUACAUGAUUAAAAACGUGAUCUCUCCUUCGCUGAGAUAAAAUAGUAAGAUCAUAAACGUGUGUUGUGUCGCGGGGACUGUACGGGGGCUACUGCGACGAAUCAGAGCGAACAAAAAACCAAAUCGAAGGCGGUAGAACCAACCCGCCCUUGGAGAGUGUGUGAUAUUGCAUUCUGGCGUGUAUGUCAGGUUUGUUUUUUAAUGGGCGUACAGUGGAUAAAGGUGACGAAAGUGACAGUUACGAAAACAAGAGAACUUUGAUUCCAUUUUAGUGGCUCUUCCCUAGUGGUAGCAGUAGUACAUAAGCAUCGCCGUGUAUUGGAAAUAUUUAAAUCAUGUGAUAAGCGAGCAUAAUAUUUGUUCCCAACCCAUUCGUUUAACACAUAGUUGUGUAAAUCGCGCAUAAGUAUAGUAAGCAAGAAAAAAAAAGUGAAGAAAAAAAAUAUUAGUGGAUAAAAUCGUGACGGCGCAAACAUAUAUUUACGACGGGCGCUCAUUGGAUUACCAUAGCUACACUACACAUUACCUUUACUCGUGUAUGAGUGUGUUCGUGUCAGUGCGUAGGUUAGACCGAUUGUUCUCCGAAUCUUGUUUACAUUACGGAAUCGGUCGGUUUUAGAUGUGUAAGCAGUUAGUGUGUUAGAAUCGAACUAGAAAAGUGUUUAGAAGUGUUAAGUACAACGCUGCAUAAGCGUCAAAGCGUUAGUCCCGCGUAGUAGUGUAUCGUUGCACACACGAGAUGGACCGUGCUGUGGCUUGGUAUCAGGAGGAACAAGACGGUCCGUCGAAGCUAGUCUGGAUGAACAUUUGGGACACGAACUCCGAUCUGUACGGUUCGCUGCACGCUAACUACGGUCCCGGUAGCAAUAAUGGACAGGAAGCGUUGAAGGGUCCGGCGGUAUCCCGCAGCGGUGGUACGCUGAGUGCCCUCGGCGAUCAAAAGCAACACGAACUGCCGUUUAAUAAUUCCAACAGUGGGAACAACAACAACAACAACAACAACAACGGUGUCGGCAAUCAUCAUCAGCAGCAGCAGCAACCGUCACCCGCAAUCGAAUCGACGGGGAAGAAUAGUAGCGGCAACAACAACAACAACGGUUCCAACGACAAACCGACCAUCUUCAGCGGUACCGGUGGCAACGCUGCGGCACUGGUCAACAGUAGUAUACUAAACGGAAACAGCAACAACGUCACCACCACCCCGGGCAAUGGGAACGGAGGAACCAACAAUAAUUCAAACAGCAAUUGCAACAACAGCAACGGUGGCGGCACGACGAACGGCGGAGAGCUGACGACGGGCGGCGGUAACGGCUGCACCAACAACAACAACAACAACAUGGUCGGAAAAGGUGGAUGCGGAACCGGAACCGGUAUAGCGAGUAGCGAGAAGAACUAUAACCCGGUGCGCAAGAAACUGGGCAGCAUGAUGACGGACAAUAAGGCCAGCACAUUCAACAUGAACAAGCAGCAUACGCGGCUGAUCGGUGUGUACGGUGGAUGUCCCUGGCGGCCGCCAAACUUUAAGUAUGGCCGAGGAAUCAUUGGCUUACACCAAGAGAUAGAACAGUUUUACGCGCACAUGAUCGCCACUCCGACCGAGCAUGCCCUCCGAGUGAAGGUGGUGGGCCGGAUAGAACAGAUCGUGCUGAAUCUCUGGCCCUCGGCAAGGGUGGAAAUGUUCGGUUCAUUCCGAACGGGGCUCUACCUACCAACGAGCGAUAUCGACCUGGUUGUAAUCGGCCAAUGGGUUAACUUGCCACUACGCACGCUCGAGAUGGAACUGAUCAAUCAAGGCAUCGCCGAGCCCAAUUCCGUCCGCGUGCUCGACAAGGCGUCGGUGCCGAUAGUGAAGCUGACCGAUCGGCAGACGCAAAUCAAGGUGGACAUUUCCUUCAACAUGGAGUCCGGCGUACAGUCGGCGAAGCUGAUCAAGGGCUUCAAGCGCGACUAUCCGGUGCUGGAGAAGCUGGUGCUCGUGUUGAAGCAGUUCCUGCUGCAGCGCGACCUGAACGAGGUGUUUACCGGUGGCAUUUCCUCCUACUCGCUGAUACUGAUGUGCAUUAGCUUCCUGCAACAGCAUCACCAAAAGCCGAACGCGUGCUCCAAUCUGGGCGUACUGUUGAUCGAGUUCUUCGAGCUUUACGGUCGCAAGUUUAACUACAUGAAGAUUGGUAUUAGCGUGAAAUCGGGACGAUACAUACCGAAAGAAGAGCUGCAGCGCGAAAUGAUAGAUGGCCACCGACCGAGCUUGCUGUGUAUAGAGGACCCACUAACGCCAGGCAACGAUAUUGGUCGUUCUUCCUAUGGUGCGCUACACGUCAAGCAAGCGUUCGAGUACGCGUACAUAGUGCUGGUGCAAGCCGUCCUGCCGUUGGACAAAAAUCUAAACGAUUGUAACCGACAAAGCAUAUUGGGCCGAAUAAUACGCGUAACGGACGAAGUGAUUGAGUACCGCAAGUGGAUAAAGGACACGUUCGAGGAAAAGCUGACCCGGCAACCGAGCUUACAGCAGCCGCUUACCACGACGACGGUUCUGCUGGGCGACCAUUACCUACCGCUUCAACCGCAGCAAACGGCAGCAGCACCGCGUCACAUACCUCAGCAGCCGGCCGUCAUUCAUCACAUUCACCAGCAGUAUCCGCGCCAUAUCAUCCGAAGGCGACCGAGCUCGUCCAGUGUGGAACUGUCCGAGGAAAGUAUGGACAGCGAUGGCGGAGGCGCCAGUGGGGACUUUCACUGCAACAGCACGCCGACGACGACGGCCCGUGAUAUUUCGCCGUCAUCGUCCGCCGCCGGCCUAACGACCCGUUCGCCACCGAUCGAGCUGCACGAGCUGAACGGGGGUCCGCCGGCCGGCACGAUCAUGAUGCUCUCGACCGCGCCCCAUCCGCACGAUCUGCUCAUAGAGGAGAACAAUAUGCUUAACAUGACGCACCAUCAGCACCAGCAGCAGCAGCAGCAGCAGCAAAUGUCGACGGACCCAAACGGCAGUAUCGUCGUCGAUGGGCCGGUGCUCAGCUACAGCAACAUGAACAAUCGUCGCAUCGUGCCGUCACCGAAUCAGCACCAGCAGCAAAUUGUUAGCGGCGGCAACAAGACCCUGUACGGUCGCAACAGCACCGAGCGGAUCCCAUCGACCGGCAACGGUAUGGUCAAUGGCAAUAGCAAUGCUGCCUAUAAUGUGCAGCCGCAACAGCAGCAGCAGCAGCAGCAGAACGGCGGACUGAUUCGUCACAACAGCAAAAACCGACGGUCAGCCUCGAGCAUGCUCAAAAUGCCCACCAACACGUCCCCGGCCGCGUACCCUUCCGCCGAUGUAAGCAAUAAUAGUAAUAGCAGUAGCAAUAGCCACCUAGUCGCCGGCAUGGUUGUGAAUGACGAAAACAAUCUGCACUACCAUCACCACCACCAACACCACCUCCAUCAUCGUGCGGGCAGCCCGAAAGCCGCUACGGCGGCAACCGUUGUUGUCGGUGGACUGCCACUGCUACCGUCGAAUGCGCUCGCCGGCAGCAAUGUGGUGAUAAUGGCCCCCGGCAGUGGAGGACCAAACAGUGCGGUUGUGUCAAGCGCGGCAGGCGUUAAUUCCUCUAGCAGCAGCAGCAGCAGCAGCAGCAGCAGCAACAAAAAAUCCUCCCACAGUGGUACAAACUCCUCCAAACGCAAAAAGACUGUGUCGCCGGGAGAGAAGAAGAGUGUUGGUGGCGGUGGUGGUGGUGGUGGUGGCAGUGGUCCGAUGGCGGUCACGACGGGACCAAUUAGCUUUGGGCUGGCAAUGACGGCUGCCGGUGGGCCGGGAGCAGCCAGCGGUGGCAACGGUGGUAGCACGGCGACGACGGCGGCCACCUUGGACAGCCGAUGAUAGCCAUCCGUGGUAGGGGCGGCCUACCUGCAAAGGUUCCGCUACUAUCACUACUAAACAAUAUGCACACACACACACACACACACACACAGCCACACUACUAUUAGCUUCCGGUUGAAUUGAAAGUGAAAUUCGAAAAGGAUAGUGGAUGGCUGGCUAAUAAUUGGGGGAGAAAAUGCACACCCAGUGGUGUCGCGCUAGGCAGCGGCGUAUUGAGCCACUCGAUACACAGAAUGUGAUGCGUGGGAAAGGCAAAACAAGGGUAGUAGAAGGGGUAGCAGAAGUAGUCGUACUAGCGUAGUAGUAUAACGAAGAACGGAACGGAAGCAACGUACGAGGUCGGGUGUACGUCGCAACCGACGACGUACAGGGAACGUAUUCGGGGGAAAGAGAUUAGAACCGCGCCGCAACUCUUUACAUUCACACUCACUAGCCACAAGCUACACAUUACCUACGUUUAAGCGUAUAUUAAUUACCGACGUUUACUUAUUAUUUGCUGCCAUUACAUUCGGCUGUACAUAUUAUCCAAGCCCCGCGUUUCUCUCGGCUGUUCCGUGUGCUGCUGAUAGCUUUAGCUUUGGCGUUUUCUCCUCCCAAGGUGCAACCUGGGAAUCCUAUGACUCUGGCUGGCUGGCUGGCGUGUUUUCCGGAUCCUUCUUUGCCUGCUGCUGUUAUGAUCGUUUACACGUUCCCAUACAACUCACAGACCCGAUCAGGUUUACCUACUUUAACGCAGCUCUUGGAUGGCUUUCUCUUGGCCUCUAUCGAAUCUACCACUACUUUUCCUCUUUUAAGUCACUAACUUGUUCGUUCUCGCUUGUCUCAACUGUUUAUUUUUUUCUAUGAGUUUGAGGUUAGAUUUUUGUUUUGUUAACAUUUUUUGUGUUUUUAGAGGAUGUAUUGUCUCUGUUUGUUUUUUUCUUCUUCUUCUGGAACCAUAUCCAGAACACUUCCAAACUCCGUAUGAAAAAAAAGAAGCGUCCGUUGUAUUAGCAAACAAAAUAAAAUAAAUAAAAACACGGAGCUACACACUACACAAUAUAGGGGUAUAAGUAGUAACGAAAAGGCGAACAGUGUAAGUGGCCACGGUUGUUUUGUUUGCGGCUGAUAAUGGCGAAAGGGGUUUGCAAUGUUAGGGCUCGAAACACUAGUUUUUGUAUGUGUGCUGUGUGACUUUGUUAUUGGAUUGUUGUAGAAGUGAGAGAACUGUGUGUUAAGCAUGCGAGACGCAAACAGAAGCGAACAUCCGGAUAGCAUAAUGUGUCCGAUGACAGGAGUUAGUGUAGGCGAGUGAGUGGAUAAAUUAUUUGCCCGCUGUAAGAGAGAGAGAGAGAGAGCGAUAGAACGUUUCUUUUCCUCCAGACUGUUUUGUAUGCGUGUUGUACAAUGUAAAUAUUGAAAAUAUUCUUCACGGCAGAUUUCUUUCGCCACCCGGCUCACGGGUAGAGGGGCGGCUUGCUCGGUUAAAAACCUACUAUUACUGCGACAGAAUGUAAACUCUACUACCAGCGCAUGCAAAAUACUAUUACUUCGGUUUGUCUACUACCGGCUAGGAGGACACAGCAAAUCAUAUUCUCAGAUAGCUACAUCAAACGUUUGGUUCACUGGUCGCACACCACCUUGCCUUAUGAAUGGCUUACUACAAAAGGCUUACCGUUAAGCGUCGUAUAGUUUACCGAUCGGUUGAACCUUCCCGUGUGCUGCUGCGCUCUUUGCUUCUGUACAUAAAAGUCGUGCAUUGUUUCUCUUUCGUUGGCUCAAAUUUUGUGCUUCCCCAGUCCACGGUACGUUAUGUGUGUGUGUGUGUGUGCGGACAAAGCAAAAAACAAUAGUAACGAAAAUACACUCCAAAUCUGCCUAAACACAUAGUUUGCGUGCGUAGUUUUAGAAAGAAGAUGAAAUCGCGUCAUAUAGCAGCAAUUCAGACAAAAUCAAUCAAUACGUAAAACAGACAGACACCGCCGGCACACUCUCUCUCUUUUCUGGUUGGGGAAUCCGGCUCACCAAACAAGCGUGCAGCCCCACACCUGAUCACGACUCAACUGCCAUUAACGAUGUGGGUUUGGGAGGAGGGAAUUUUAUUCGGAAAACAAGAGCAAUGUUAGCGAUUUACUAUCCUGGCAAAGUGCAUUUAUGAUACUUAGAGAGAAGCGUAUGGGGGUUGAAAGGGAAAGCAUCGAGCAAAGAGGGAUCAGAUAGAUAAACAGAAUCUGUGUUAAUCAAAAAGCCCGAUUGCUACGAUCUCUAGAAGCGAACACUCACACACACACACACACACUCACGGUUUUUAGUGUAGGAAAAUCAAUAACACAUGAUGUGUCGUCCUCCGUGCUCCAGUCAACACCACAUGCCCGAUUUUGAAUAGAAAACAAAAGUAGUAUAUAAGCGGUACAAUGCCUCUAUAUCCUCAUUAGCAAGCGACUUUCUUUCCUUAAGCAGCCGUUGUUAAGUGUUAAGCUAAGAUGCCACCCCCCUCCAGUUGCGUGGUGUUGCCAAACGAAAAAUGAUCCCGUUUUGUUGUAAUAUUUCUAACAAAUGCGUUUGCGUAGCUAGUAAUGUGUGUGUGUGUGUGUGUGUGUAAACCGAUCGCAAGAUUCUUCUUCGCUCAUGUAGAGAGAGAUAAUCAAACCAGAAAUCACUCAAAAAAACAAAGGAAACAUUUAAAUCGAUACCACCACCCACUAGAGCCGAGCAAAGCAAUAAGACCGCCCCAACAACAACAACAACAAUACUUACUUUAAGACACACACACACACUAAAGACCCUCUUCUAAUCAGGGCAGUGAGUGGGGAACGAGACAGUAAUGAAUGAAAAUAGGGGCGAAAAAACACCUGCAAACAACACAACAGAAACCAGUCAUUUUGAGUACAAAGAUGCACCUGUAUAAUUUAUAUCUGUAAAGUAAUACCUAGACGCCGUAAGCCGUGUGUACAUAUAUACCGGAACCGAAACAGAAAGUGACGUAAAUAAAUGCAAAAAAAACCGACGAUUUAAACAAAAAAAGAUCACCCCCGUUAUGGCACACAAAAUGCCAAACCGGAAAGGAA